AUGUAUCUUUCACCGAUCGUGCCAUUCUUGUUUAAAGAACAUUUUCUGAAAAAUAUAAUGUUUUUCCUUGAAACUAGCUCUUCUGGCAAGAAAAGUUUUCAAUGGCUAAGGCUUCAAUUCUGGCCAAGACGAAAGAAUUCUGCAGCUGCGAAGCGAUAUUAUGGAUCACUGAAGAUCAAGUACAUGAUACAAAUAAGGCAGUUUCGGCACCAACAUGCUGAUGAUGCUCAUUAUGCAUCGGCUCUUUUUAGAUAUCUGAAGGAGUUCUCACUAAAAUAUCGUCAGGACACAUCUUUUGUGUGUAUGGAUGAUAAACACUCGAUGAAAGUUGGACAGCCUGGAUAUCCAGUGGCUGCAGUGGAAAGAGGAAGAGAGGUUCUGGUUGCUAUGGAGACCCAGUUUGAAGUUGGUGACCAUGAUUUCACUAAACUCAGCAUAAUUCCAAGUGUGAUUUUGAAGCUUGAUAUUCCAGAGAAUAUAGAGGGAUCAUGGUAUAGUGGCAAUGUUUCAGUGGAACUUAAGGAGCACACUUUCCAGCCAUCCUCUGCAAUAUGCUAUGUUACAGAACUACAUGGUGUCCUUCAGCAUGAUGAUCGCCCAAUCUUGGCACUCUAUACUGACGGUGGUCCUGACCACAGGGUAAACUACUUAUCAGUGGAAAUUGCCCUAAUUUGUCUCUUUCUUAAAGAGGACAGAGACAUGUUGGUUGCAGUUAGGACCCCUCAAUAUAAUAGUUGGAAGGAUCCCGCCGAAAGAGUAAUGUCUGUGCUCAACUUUGGUGCCCAAGGUGUUGGUCUUAUGUGGCAAGAAUCGCCUAUAUUAGGGCCAAUCAUUAAGAACUGCAACAACAUGAAGAGUAUUCGAAGAGUCCAUGAAGAUAACCCAGAUGCAAAAGUAAUUAUGCAGAAUCCUAAGGAUUCUUUUGAGCUAAUUGUGGGCAAUAUGUCUUGGGAUAUAUUAAAUUCCUGCCCGACUAAAUUGUUUUUCUCAUUUUAGAUCAAAGAAAAAGUCCUUGAAAGCGUGCAACCCACCAAAGAUCUUCUGAAUGUCACAUUCAAGAGGCGGCAACUGAUGAAACUAUUCAUUUGA